CCCCCACACACGCGCAAGAAUGCCAGCCUAUCCCUAUGCCAAUCAUUUCCUUCCGUUUGCCCCGGAUGAGCUUCGGCGGGCGGGCGGGCGGUGGCGCGGAGGGCCCACCGGGGUGGUCGCCUGGGCCGAUCGUGGCUUUCGAGGAAGCGGCGAGCGGAGCCCCCUGCGCCAUGUUUGGCUGCUUGGUCGCGGGUAGGCUGGUGCAAACGGUUGCACAGCAGGUGGCAGAAGACAAGUUUGUGUUUGACUUGCCCAACUAUGACAGCAUCAACCACGUGGUGGUCUUCAUGCUGGGGACCGUUCCCUUCCCAGAGGGAAUGGGUGGGUCUGUCUACUUCUGCUACCCCGAUGAGAACGGGCUGGCAGUGUGGCAGCUCCUGGGCUUUGUCACAAAUGAAAAACCAAGUGCCAUCUUCAAAAUUUCCAGUCUGAAAUCGGGGAAAGGCAGCCAUCAUCCGUUUGGAGCGAUGAAUAUCCCCCAAACGCCAUCUGUAGCCCAGAUUGGGAUUUCUGUGGAGCUGCUGGAACUCUUGGCUCAGCAAACUCCUGUAGCAAGUGCCGCUGUAUCAUCAGUCAAUUCAUUCACAGAGUUCACUCAAAAGAUGCUAGACAAUUUUUAUAACUUCGCUUCGUCCUUCGCUGUCACCCAGGCCCAAAUGACACCCAACCCGUCAGAAGCUUUUAUUCCUGCAAAUGUAGUUUUGAAAUGGUACGAGAAUUUCCAAAGAAGAUUAACUCAGAAUCCUUUGUUUUGGAAAACAUAAUCUGGAGCCAAGUUCUUGCAAAUGCGUGCUUUGGCAACUGGUCACAACUUAAAAGAUGCAAAAGAUGGAGCCUGCAAAAUAAAUCUGGAUGGGUCAAUUAAAAGUCUGAGCAUAAUUGGGGGAGGGCAGCUUUUGUAAUAUUUAUGGGGCAUUUGUUACAAAUUAAAGCUCUAAAAAGAAGUCAUUGCCGUUUUUCUUUUUUUAAAGUUAAAAAUGUGGAACCACAAAAGGAGCUCCUCAUUAUGAAUUGUACGGAAAACUCUUUCCAUCGUGUUAACGAGCAAAUAGGUCCUUGUUUGGUGGUUCUUUAACGCUUUAGGCUCGGGCACUGUUGUGCGCAUCAAAUUGCAAAUAAAAUUUGGUCUGACGCCUGUGCCUCUUUGAAAACA